AUGAAGUACAAGCGGAUUUUGGAAUACACUCUCGCUAUACUGCAGCUCGCGCACCGAGCUAAUGGACAAGACAUUCAGCUUAAUUGGACGGAUUACAAUUUGUUGAAUUUCCUGCAGGAUAUACGACGUUUACAUCACUAUGAUCAAUUAGUAUUUGCACACAAUCGCAAUGCAACUUUUGGCGCAGCUUUUGGCGAACUAUCAGGUAACGCGUUGGAUGAAGGUGGUGUAGAUUUUGAAAGCUUUCAAGCCAAUCGAACCGGAAAUGUAGAUUAUGAAACGGAAUUCGUGCGCUAUAUGAUGACGGAGCUGCCUACGGCAGUGGUAUUAUACGACGAGUUGAGCUCAUUUGAGCUGAAGCGGCAUUUCAGUGCAGCCUUAUUGAUCGUUGUUUAUUUGGAGGAAGAGCUUAUGGCACAGUCCGCGCUGUUCAAAGCGUUGGUAGGCAGCUUGAAGCACAGAAUGCAAAGCAAUAUUUUAUUUUUAAUAAAUAUCGAUAGCACCACAGCCUCUUGUGAGACGGCGUUUUUAAGAGAACUCUUUCAAUUUAGUUGGCACAGUAAGAUGAUCAAUGUGGCAGCACUCUGCAACGACUAUCAGGAUACGCAGCAGUUCUACUCCUACACCCACUUGCCCGACUUCGCUUUGGAGUACAAACACUUAAGCGCCGAGUUGCUUUACCGCGGACCGAUCUUUCCCUAUCGUCUGUCUAAUUGGCAAGGCUACAAACUGCCCUACAUAAUAGGUGGCGGCGAUCCACGCGUUAUUGUCUAUGAGUAUGAUAGACGGCGUGUCGUAGGCGGUUUUGCUGGUCAUUUUCUGGUUACCUUUGCCCACAAAUACAACUUCACGCUCUACGAGCCGCUGCCUAUUAAAUCGUACACAAAGUUUCCACCCUCUCAGGAUUUAAUUAAAGCCGUGCGUAACAAUACCGUUGAGAUUUCAGUCGCACUUACCUUUCCAAAUAUUCCCUUGGAUGGAUUCUCUUACCCCUACGAACAAGUGAAUUGGUGUGUGUGGACACCCGUCGAGGCGGACAUCCCGAAUUACGAUUUCUUCUGGAUCGUAUUCGAAGGUAUGACCUUCUUGCUCGUGCUUGGCGCUAUUAUUGUCAUAUCUCUUGUGUUGAGCUGUGCACUCUGGCAACAUAAUAGCAAACCGGAUCUAUUGCGUUUUGUCAUACACGAUGCCUGCCUGCGCGGCGUAAUCGGUCAGUCGUUUCGUGAACUAAGUCGUGCGCCAUUCGUUAUACGUUUCAUUUAUAUGCAGAUCUAUGUGCUGGGCAUACUGCUCACCACCUCGUAUAAUGCCUACUUCGCCGCUUACUGGACGAGCGCGCCGAAAGUGGCGCCACUUCGCACCUUCGAUGACAUACUACAAUCAAAUAAGAAAAUAUACAUGUUCGCGCCAGAGUAUAAUGAGCUCAUCGGUCGGGCAGCUGAUUUACGAAAAUAUAUACCGAUGUUUUACAUCGAAAGCGAUUAUCAUAAGUACUUGGCCACACGCGAUGCUUACGAUACAAAGUAUUUGUAUAUGAUACCCACCACAAAGUGGCGCAUUUACCGUGAACAACAGAAGGUAUUCACCACACCCAUAUUCCGCCUGCGCGCCGAUCUUUGCUUCUACUACAACAUACCACUGGGCUUUCCCAUACACAGCAAUUCGGUGCUUGCGAAAAUUUUGCAGGAUAUGGUUUUGGAGACAGCUCAGUCGGGUUUAACCGAUUACUGGAUGCGUAUUGGUUUUUUGGAGUUAAUCAGAGCUGGACGUUUGAGUUUCGAGGACAUGAGUCGUAAGAAUGAGUACAAGGCGAUGGCAGUGGAGGAUUUGAAAUAUGUAUGGAUGGGUUAUGGCAUUGUGUGUGUGUUAAUUGCUUUUGUAUUUCUCGCUGAGCACUGUUACUUUCGACGGGAACGUGUUCGAACGUUCUUUGCUGAAAACCUGUGGCGUAAAUGUUGUGGCAGGAAACAAUUGUGA